AUGGAACCUGGGGCUCCUCUCAUGAAAGUGAUGAUGAUGAUUUGCACUCUGAUUCAUGACCUCGGUACAGAACUCCUCUGUCUCUCUGAAGACUACACCACAAAAGAAAAAGAACUAUUCUCAGUGAAGAACAACAAUAAACAAUUGGAAAAUGUUUUGAGUGAAUUAGACACUGAAUAUGAUAUUCUAAGGAAACAAUCUGAUCAAAUAAUCAAUGAAAAAAUUAAUACUGACAAGCAGCUCAUUAAAAUUACUCAAGACAACUGUGACUUGAAGGAGAAGUUAUUAAAGUGUUCAAAUGACAUAACUGUUCUUGAAAUUGAACUUGUAAACCUACAAGAAGUAAAGAAAGCUGUCAAAGAGCAAGAAGAUUUGAAAACACAUAUAGAGAAGAGCAUUGAAGAACUUAAAGAAGAAAAAGAAAACUUGAUACAAAAGCUCAUUUCUGAUGAAAAAAAAGGUAGAGCUAUGGAAGUCGACUUGAUGAAGAUGACUUCUCAUUUGCAAAUGUAUCAAACUAAAAAUAAGGAAUUAACAAAAGCCAAUCUAGAACUUGAAAAACAAUUGGAAAAUUUACAAAAAUCAUUUAGUUUGGAAAGUGAAUAUACAAAAAUUACCAAAGAAAAUUUAGAAAUGAGAUGGGAAUUAAAAAAUCUGAAAAAUAUAAAUCAGUGUUUGGAGCAUGAUAACUGCAAUAUGUUGCAUCGAAUAGAAGAAGCAGCAGCAAAGCACAAGCAUCAGAUGAUUGAAUCUGAAUCAAAAACAUUAGAGCUUGAAGCUCAAAUUAAAGAUGAGAAAAAAGAUAUCAUCAAUAAUCUGGAAGAGAAGUGUCAAGAUCUAAACAUGAUACAGCAA